GUGGCCCCGCGACCCUCACCAUCCCCCCCAGGCCGAGGCCCCGCGGCGGCCCUUACCGAGGGGGUGGUCGGCCAGCACCGGCACCCUGGUGGGUACGAGCGCGGUGGCCCCGCCGCCGCCCGGGGCCGGCAGGAAGCGGAUGUGCUGCCGCGGGGCUCGUCCCGGCGCCGCGUUCAGCUCUGCAAGAGAAGCGGGGGGGUGAGGGGCGGUCAGCAGCCCCCGGAGGAGGGGAGGGAAGGGGACGAGAUCCUGCCGGCCGCCCUCACCGCGCAGCAGCCGCGUCUCCAGCGCCUCACGGACGCGGCCCCACGCCACCCCCGCCGGCUUGUACACGGCGAACAGCCCGCCCGGCACCGCCGCCAUGUCCGGCCGCCGCUCCGCCCCGCCGGGCGCUUCCGGGCAGGCGGCGGCGUGCGGGGCGAUGCUGCUGCUGCUGCCGCUGCUGCGGCGGGCGCGGGUGCCGCUGCUGCGGGGGGAAACCGCUGCCCCAGGCAAAGCCCGUCUGAGCCUCAGUGAGCCGCAGGCCUGGGAUGGAGGCAGCGAGGAAGAGGAGGAGAGGGAAGGCUGCUUCCAGCUGUACCCCGGGCACAUCCCCACCAGCCCGCUGCAGAAGGCGCUGCUGGCCGCUGGCUCGGCCUUCAUGGCGCUCGCUGACCCCUACAGACACGACAUGGUGGCUGUCCUUGGGGAGACCACAGGCUGCCUUGCCCUGCCCAACCUGCGAGACAAGAUGAAACACCAUCCUGAAGGUUACCGCAUCCUCCAGGAACGGCCUCUCAUCCGUCUCUCCACCCUGGACUUGGCCAGGCUGCAGGGGCUGCCAGAUGGCUCGCUGGGCCGGGAGUAUGUCCGGUUCUUAGAGGACAAUAAGGUUUCUCCAGACACUCGGAUGCCACCCAAGUUUGUUGAUGAUGAAGAGCUGGCGUACGUGAUCCAGCGGUACCGGGAAGUCCAUGACCUGAUGCACACCCUCCUGGGCAUGCCAACCAACAUGCUGGGUGAGAUCGUGGUGAAGUGGUUUGAAGCCAUCCAGACAGGGCUGCCCAUGUGUGUCCUGGGAGCGGCGUUUGGCCCCGUCCGUCUCAGCGCACGAAAGCUGCAGGUCCUGGCCACUGACCUGCUUCCCUGGGCCAUUCAGAGCGGGCGCAACGCCAGCUGCAUCCUCAACUUCUACUACGAGCAGCGCUGGGAGCAGCCAGUGCAGGCGCUGCGGGAGGAGAUCGGCAUCUUCCCUCCCCCGGCCGUUCGAGUGUGACAGCACAAGGACAGAGAGGAGACAGGGGAUCCUGUUAGCAGACAGCAGCCAUCCCCUGCCAUGCUCCAUCUCUGGCCCUGGGCCUCAGUGUGGCUCUGUGAACAACUGCCACAGACCCGAGGGAUGAGUUUUCUCCUGCCAAGAGCUGAUACUCUCCUGUUGGUAAAGGCCAAGUGGCACCUCUCUGUGCUGUGACAAGACGUGACCUUUUAUACUGUCUGUGAUUUGGAGGAGGGAUGGCAAGGCCCAGCAGGCCUUUGCCAGCAGGAUCUGGCUGCAAUACUGAUGUUCUGAAAUGCUGGGAUGGUGAGGGAGCAGCUGCCCUUUUUACCAAAGCAAACUUGGCCUUGUGCAACUCUAGGGCUAUAUAGGUAAAUCCUUCCACCUUUUCAGGGAAGACCGAGGCUUCCUUGGGACUGUCCUGGACUGAAGCUAAAUGAGUGAUUUAGAGAGCAGCCAUGGGGAGGUUUGUGCAACAGUGAAAUCCCAUCUUGUACUGGUGCCUAAGUGGUCUCCUGGUGGGUCAUAUGGGAAGUGCCUCAUGCCUUGGGGACCAGGCAGUGCACGGUUGCAUGCCCACAGGAGAAGGCAGGGAAAUACCUUUGGAUAUUAUCCCAGGUGGAUUGUCUGUUCAGGAGCUGAGCCCAGGCUGCUGUGUCUCCCUGUAAUCUCUCCCCAUCAAAAAUGUUGAAAUCCAUGGGAUUGCUUUGGGCUUUCAACAGGAAUUGUGUCUUCAUUGGGUGACAGAGUGGUGUGAUGGGUAAUAAAGGGCUAAAUCCUGGGAGUGCAAAAACAUCAGCUGCUUGCGCUGCUUCUGGGACCUGAGUGCUGUCUGAGUUAAUUAAACAGCUCCAGACUGCCAGCAGUGGGACAGCAGAGCUGCUGGAUGCGGGGGCAGAGAGCCACGAGGCCAGGGCCUUUUCAUACCUGUGGAUUUGCUGUUGAAAUUCCUUCUUGCUUAAUAAAAUCCACAGUGGA